AUGACUGAGCGCAAGUUGUUGGAGUGUGUUGUUCCUUACUCCGACCAGCUUUUCAGAAAGGCAGCAAUCAAGUGGCUCAUUGCUACGGAUCAGCCCAUUCAGGCUCUCGAACACCUGAGAUUCAAAGAGAUGGUAGAUGUUGCCUCACGUGCUACACAGGGCGUCAAAAUUCCAGGCCACAAAGCAACCCAUGCUGAAAUUAUGUGUAUGUUCAAGAGCCAUCUCACCAAACUCAGAAAGAAGUUAAAUGUACAUUGUCAUUCUUUGCACUAUUGUCUGUUAUGA